UCAUGACGUCAUAACUGCGCGACUGCAAACAGCAUGCUGUCUGUGGUCGGGCUGGGACUCUCGUGUUGAAAGUUAAGGCGUAAAAUAUAUCAGAGUUAUAACCUAACGACAUGGAUGUUCCCGAAGCUAACGACGACAGUUUUGGAAUAGAGGUGAUUCUUCCUGAAGGGGGGAAAAUCGCGCCAUGUUGUCCGCAUGGUCCAACCUUGCUAUUCGAGAAAGUGAGCAAAGGAGGGGAGAAAGGCAGGAGGUUCUACGCCUGCUCUGCCUGCAGGGACAGGAAGGACUGCCACUUCUUCCAGUGGGAGGAUGACAAGGUGUCCGAGGCCAGGCUUCUAGCCAGAGAAGCAGAGAACCAGUCAAAGAGACCUCCCUUAACCCUGAAGGAGCGCGUCAAAAGGUUUAAAAAGUUAGGCUCCCUGCGGCUGGAUGAGAAGAAGUUCUGUCAGGACUGUCAGAUGUUGCUGCUGCCAGCAGAGCACGAGGCCCACUCCACUCACAGGUCGGCGGGGGUCUCCAGCGCUCAGCUGAGGAGGCCCAGUGUGUUGCUCCGUCCUUUGCACAACAAAAAGAGCAACGCCCAGUACCUGUUCACCGACCGCAGCGCACACUUCCUGCUCGACUCCCUGGCUGCUCUGGGAUACAACAGAGUGCUCUGUGUGGGAACGCCCAGACUUCAGGAGCUGAUCACGUUGCGGAACAUGGAGGGAAAACAUGAGCCAAUGAAGAGUCUGCUUCUGGACAUUGACUUCAGGUACGCUCAGUUCUACAGCCAGACGGAGUUCUGUCACUACAACAUGUUCAACCACCACUUCUUUGAUGGAGAGGCUUCCAGAGCAGUCCUUCAGGACUUCCUCACAGAGAGUGAGGGGGGAAAGCUGGUGAUGGUGGCGGACCCUCCGUUCGGGGGCCUGGUGAAGCCUCUGGCCAACAGCUUCUCUUUGCUCUCACAGACCUGGAGGAAGCUGCAGAGCUCGGACGCCAGUGAUGCUGAGAUGCCCAUAAUGUGGAUCUUCCCAUAUUUCUUUGAGCCUCGCAUCUUGGAGUGUCUCCCCUCACUCACCAUGCUGGACUACCAGGUGGACUAUGACAACCAUCCUCUGUAUAAACAUGGGAAAACAGGCAGGAAGCAGUCUCCAGUGAGGAUCUUCACCAACAUUUCACCCAAAGAAAUCGUGCUGCCCAAAGAUGAAGGCUACAGAUUCUGCUCCGUAUGUCAGAGAUAUGUCUUGUCCAUCAACAAGCACUGUGCUAAGUGCAAUGUAUGCCCGUCCAAGGACGGCCGAGAAUGGAAGCAUUGUUCAAAGUGUGAGAAGUGUGUGAAACCAUCCUGGAGACACUGCAACCCCUGUGGCCGCUGUGUGCUGCCAGACCACCCGUGUGGGCUGAGUGAAGGGGCACAGGGCUGCUUCAACUGCGGCAGCGUGAAGCACAAACGCAAGACCUGCCCCAUCAAAGACUCACAGAAGAACAGGAAGAAUCGACCCAAUGCCAAGAGCGGAAACAAAAAUGUCUCCCAUCGUCCCAACCAGAAGAAGAGGAAGUCUGGAGGAGCACGCAGAGCCAAGAAGCUGGCCGCUCUGUCUGAGUGACCGCAGCGGUCCUGCAGUGCCUCUCAGCUGUUCGAGAUGAUUUUAUGCUCACUGACUCAACCUUACAAAAUAGUAUCAGCAGUGUUUGAGUGGAAUAAAAAAAGAACCAAAAAAAAAGAACUUGCAUUUUUUAUU